AGAACACCCUAACAACCCUCUUGGGCAAGUGCAGAAACUGUAAGAUCUCCGUUGUCAGCACAUGCUCCAAUCCACAAUGCUCCACAUACAAGCACGACAAACGUUCUCAAGAACAUGUAACUUUGCUAAGCGGUACCUUGCUACUGCAGCACCGUCCAAAAUUCAUGUGGGGAUUCUCCUAAAACGCAACCCAGUCAUCCUCCGCAAACUCACCGAAUUCGAACAUGCCUACUACACAUACCGAGAGUCACUUGAGCAAGCCGAAUCUCGUCCUUUCCACCGCGAGUUCUACUUCAAAAAGGGAAGUACUGCUGAGCAGCGGUGGUUGGAUGCCCAAGAUGCAGCAGCAGCUGCUGCCGAACGGUUAGAAGGUGGGCGAACGCCGUUGGUACAACCAAGAGACGAGGAGUUAGCAGGCCUGGAAACGGCGGAACGGGUGACAGAGGCGGAUAAAGGAGGAGAUGUUAAAUCAUUGGACCGAGCAUUAGAACGAACUUUGUAUUUGGUGGUGAAGAAGGCGGACAACGGGAGUUGGGAAUUCCCGGCUGGACCUUUAGAAGGCGAAGAGGUUUUGCAUGAGGGGGCAACACGACAUCUACACAGCGAGGUAGGGAGCAGUCUCGAGACCUGGGUCGUCGGACGUACACCAGUCGGACACAUCGCUGCACAAGACAAGAAGACAUUUUAUAUGAAAGCACAUAUACUUUCGGGCAAGAUCGAACCCAACAAGCGGUUUGCCCAAGAUUUCGCUUGGCUAACGAAGCAAGAGCUGAAAGAAUAUUUGCAACCUGCAUAUUACGAACAAGUGCAUAAAAUGCUUGCUGAGUUUUAGAUUAAUGGGUAGCGGGGAUUGCCAAUGUAAAUCGUACGCAUUAUCUCAAUAGACCAAAAUGACCAUCCCUCAA